UAGGAAUGGGGUAAUGUGCUUCCAACUUUUGUAAAAAUGGCUGCGCCCUUGUCGGCAAAAAUAUAAACAAAAGUAGCCUACUAGAUCUAGAAUCUAGAUCUAAUUCUAAAAGACUAAAUCUAAGUAAUAAAAUACAAAUAAUUUUCAAUUUUAAAAAACAUAAUGAUUGGAAAUGCUGUAAAGGUAACGCUGUACAGUGGCAUCAGGAAAUAUUUUUGCAAAUCAUGUUUCCGAAACUUGUGCUAUAUUCAAGCCUAUAAACAAUCAAAUCAUGUGGACUCCAAUCAGUUGAUGAGAAGGAAGUUUCAUACCUCAGCCUUGCUCACCACUGAGAGCUUUGACAAAGGGCACCAUGGGGCAGAGCCAGCCGAGUGGGAUCAGCCUUUUCAACUUCCUGAACCAGAGCUAGACUGGGACUUCCUGCUGAGUCCCCAGAACACUGAGAUGAUCUCUCAGAAUAUUUUGAACAGGAAAGGAAUUGGUGAUAUCCACAAAGUGAUCAAUUUGUCACAAGCUGUUACCCAGGAAAAAGAUGUUGCAAAGAAAGAAAAAUUGAGACAAGAGUUGGAAGCCGAGGCUCUUGAUAUCCCUAACAGCAGUCACCCAAAUGCUAUAAUUGGUGAUGAAUCUAAAGCAAGGGUGGUGGAGUUAGUUGGAGUAAGAAAAGAGUUUGAUUACAAGCCAAGAAAUAUCAGUGAGAUCGGAGGGAAAGGGUUAAGAAUGUUUCGAGAUGAAAAUUUGACAUUUUCAUCUGGGCCAAAGACGUACUAUUUAGAAAAUCAUUUGGCUUACUUAGAGAGAGCUCUUGUGGCCUACACUAUUGAUAGGCUGUUGGAGAAGGGUUUUGACAUGAUCUCUGUACCUGAUCUCUUGCAUGCUGGAGUCAUCGACAGUUGUGGGUUCAAGACCAGCUCAGGCAGAAGUCAAGUGUACCAGCUGUACCCGCAGUCACUCAAUGGUGCCUGUCUGGCCGGCACUGCGGAAAUGUCUUUGGCUGGUUUCUUUAUGAAUGAAGUUAUUCCGUUUGAUCAGUUGCCCAAAAAGGUGAUGGCGGUCAGUCGAUGCUACAGGGCUGAAGCAGCAGAGAGAGCUGUGGAGAAAGGCCUGUACAGAGUCCAUCACUUCACCAAGGUUGAAAUGUUUGGACUGACAGCCUGUGAAGAUGGAACAGAAAGUGAGCAGCUCUUGCAAGAGAUUUUAAACAUUGAGAGGGAUCUGUUUUCUGAUUUAGGACUGCAUUUUAGAAUUCUAGACAUGCCAACACAAGAACUGGGUGCACCAGCCUACAGAAAGUUUGAUAUAGAGUCCUGGAUGUGUGGCAAGCAGAUCUGGGGUGAGAUCUCAAGCUGUUCCAACUGUACAGACUACCAGUCUAGGAGACUCAACAUCAAGUACAGAUCUCCAUCUGGCACACUCAAACAUGUCCAUACGGUUAAUGGAACAGCUUGUGCUGUGCCUAGGAUGAUUAUUUCUAUAUUAGAACAAAAUCAGGAAAAGGGUAGAAGAUUGGCUCUGCCUGAAGCAUUGCAUCCCUACUUAAAUGGGAGGAAAGAACUGAUAGCUGAGAUGAAGAGAUCUACGUACACGUACAUCAAAACACUGCGAACUGUAUGAUAUUUAACUAACUGACAAGAGAACAACCUACUGCAUUGGAUAAACUAUUGCCACAACUUUUAAUACAACUAUUGAUACA